AUGAAAAUCAUAAGUUGUUAUUUAAUGCCUGAUCGAAGCGCACAAGAUUACCGGAAAAAGAAGGAGGAUAUAGAAGAUCCAGUAGCGAACACGAAUGGAGAAGUAAUACUAGCCGACGAUUUUAACGCGAAGGGAUUUUCAAAGGACUUCGACCCAUGUAUCGAUGAAAUUGUGUCAGCAACGCUCAAAAUACAUCGUAGUGCUAAGAGUAACCUACUCCCAACGCCUUGUAAAUCCCAUUAUAUAUUCAAUUUAAGAGAUUUUUCUAAGGUAAUACAAGGAGUACUUCUUUCAGUACCAGAAGCUACAGAGGAUUUAAAUUCUAUGCGUCGAUUAUGGGUUCAUGAAGUCUUGCGAGUUUACCAUGAUAGAUUAGUUGACGAAUUUGACAAAGAAUGGUUCUUUUUAUUAGUGAAGCAACAAAUUAUAUCAAAUAUGGAUAUUAAAGCAGAAAUUUUGUUUGAAAGAUUUUUAGGAAAUAAAAUACAAUUAGAAAGACAAGAUUUGCGGCCUCUUAUAUUUUGUGAUUUCACUAAUCCGAAAGCUGACACUAGAAAUUAUAUCGAGGUACAGGACUUAGAUGAUUUACGAAAUGUUGUAGAAACAUAUUUAGUGGAAUUUAACAAUAUGUCAAAAAAACCAAUGCAGUUAGUUCUAUUUCGCUUUUCAAUUGAGCAUCUUGCAAAAAUCAGUCGCAUAAUAAAGCAACCACGAAGUCAUGCUUUACUAAUAGGAGUUGGUGGAUCCGGCAGACAAAGCUUAACAAAACUAGCAGCACACAUCUGUGACUAUGAACUAUUUCAAGUUGAACUUACUCAACAGUAUCGUGCAAUUGACUGGCAAGACAACAUUAAAAAUAUUUUGCUGAAAAUAUCAUCUACCGACACGCAUGGCGUUUUCCUGUUUUCAGAUUCUCAAGCUAAAUUGGAAUCGUUUUUGGAGGACAUUAACAAUCUACUAAAUUCUGGUGAAGUUCCCAACUUAUUUUCAAAUGAAGAAAAGGUUGAACUUUGCGAAAAAAUGAAACAAAUUGAUAGACAGAGAGAUAAAUCAAUUCAAACUGAUGGAAGUGCUGCAUCACUUUACAACUUCUUUGUGCAAGUGUGUAUUAUAUAUAAAACAAAAUGUUUUAAUACUAUAGAAGUUGUUUCAGUUCUUCAAACCGAUUAUAUUUAG